CGCCGUUUCUCGCAGCGCUCUCUCUUCUCCGCACCCUCCCAUCCACGACAUAUAUCUCGGGUGUGGAUAUACACGUACUCUCCUUUCUUUCCCUUUCACGACAAACAACUUGUAACUUGAUUCGACAAGCGCCUCCCGAGCAUUCAUGACUUCCCCAUAUCCGGCAUAUGGCGGCUACAGUUCAUCCUAUCCUCCUCAAGGGACCUAUGGAAACCUCGCCUCUGCAUCAACUGUGAAUGUCAAUGCCGGCGCAAUGAAGAACGGGAUGGGGAAUGGGAGCGGAGUAACGAUGGAUGGCGGGCCAGGAGACUUGCGCGGUGGAGGGGGCAGGACGCCAAGUCCGACGCCGAGCGAACAGAAGGAGCUGGCUAGAGAGAGCAUGUUUGACUGGAAGACGAUGAUGAGUUGGAGAUUUUGGUUCAGGAGAGAAUGGUUGUGGUACUAUGUUAUCGGCACAAUCCUCGUCGUUCUCAGUGCACUCAUCACCAUCUACCACGACCAAAUCGUGGACUGGCUCAAGCCAGCCGCAAAUUGGAUGAAAGAUCUACCUGCAGGGUGGCUUAUUCCCAUCGCAAUCCUAUUCGUUAUAUCGUUCCCUCCAUUAUUCGGUCAUGAAGUCGUCGCUAUCCUCUGCGGUGUCGUCUGGGGUCUCUGGAUCGGUUUCGCCCUUGUCGCAGCGGGUACAUUUCUCGGUGAACUCGGCAACUUUUACGCGUUCAAAUGGUGCUGUCGUGCAAGAGGCGAAAAGCUCGAGCGUACGAGCAUCCAGUACGGCUGUCUUGCGCGUGUAGUGAGAGAGGGAGGUUUCAAGAUCGCUUUGAUCGCGCGGUUUAGCGCUAUACCCGGACAUUUUACGACAGCGGUAUUCUCAACUUGUGGUAUGGGCGUGUGGACAUUUGCCCUCGCCGCAUUCUUCUCGCUCCCGAAGCAGUUCGUUACAGUCUAUCUCGGGGUCCUUCUCGAAAAUUCGAGCAACGAGACGACUGGUCAGAAGAUUGCGAGUGACGCGGUGGUGGCGGUCACUGUGAUUGUCACGGUCCUCGCGAUGUGGUACAUCUAUAAGAAGAUGGGUCAGGUCAAGGCUGCGGUGAUCUACGAUCGCAGAAAGGCGCGCCAAAACAAGCUCUCGAAUCCCUACGGCAACCCAUCGACGUCGAUGCUCGACUCGUCCGCCUCUCUUACCGGGCCCUCGACGACCGCGUUCAAUCCAUCGUUACAGACCAUCCACGCCGGCUCCGAGACCGACAUUCCCCUCCAUGCCUCUUCCUACGGUUCCUCGCCCUCCAACGUCCCAGGCAGGUUCAACCCGUCGCCCAACGGCAGACAGCGCGAGCAGACAUGGGAUGAGAACGGCAGGGCAGUUGGGUAUUCGGGUGAUCCGCGGCUGUACGCACCGCAACCGCAGAGCGCAGUGCCUAAGUUCAGGGCGGAAUCGCCUGCUAAUAUUGCUGGCGUGGGUGCUGGGCGAAGACGUAGGGAUGAGGAAGAAGGUGGUGUGACGUAUCCGAUUAGUCCGAGGGCGGAUGGGAGGAUACCGGUGAGACAGGGAAGUGGUGAGAGUGUGGCUGUUAGUGAGGAAGAGGAGGAUGCGUAUCGGUAUGUCACGCAACAGCUGUCACCACCACAACAACCGUAUCAGCCUCAGCCUCAGCCUCAACACCGGCCAUUCCAACCUCCGACGCAGCCGCCGGCUCAGUCGCAACCUCCGACUAUACCACCACCUCCAUCGUCGACGUCAUACCCGACCAGUGUACGCUCUCAACCACAAUCGCAGCCGCAUUCGCAGCCACACUCACCUACCGUAUCUUACGCGAACCCAUACGCCCCUGCGACUUCGCUUUCGAUGCAACAGACGUCAUACAACCCUACCGCCUACCAUCCCCCAUCUCAACCCCAAUCACCAUUCCAACCUCCCGCUCAGAUCUCCUACAGCAACUCGCCGACGACCUUCACCCCGCCACCGCUCCCUACGUCCCAAAGUCAUCCCUACGCAACCGCCACUCCCGCCUUUUCUCCCCAGAUUCCGUCGUUCCCCUCCGCCCCGCAGGCUCACUCGUACAGCAAUAGCCCGUAUUAUGCCGAUACGGGGUCACAACCGGGCACGCCGGGCUCGCUGCACAACCCGUACGAAACGGCGUUCGCACAGCAGCAGCAGCCUCAGCAGAGUCCGUAUGGAGCAACCGCGUAUACUCCUGGUCAGCAGGUACAUCCUCAAGGGACGGGCAGCGGAGCGAACGUGACGGGUCCACCGCCAAGUUAUAGUACUACUGAGUUACGGUGAGACGUGGUGGGGUGAGACGAGGAGCGGGUGGCGAUGAGAGAGGAGGUAUUUGGGAGACGGGUGGGCUGUACGUUGUAAGUCUAGUAUACCCUGGGCGAAACGCUCUACCUGUCUUCUAGCCUUCCUUCUUUUAUUCAUCUGCCUUCCAUCCUGCUCUUGUUCCACCUGUUCUGCGCUACCCACCAAUUACUUGUUUUUUGUAUAAGCUUUCCUUCAUUCGGGAUCGAUCUCAUCCCUUCCUUUCCAUCCACACGUUGAGCUCGCUUUCUCGUCGAUCGAUGCCUUCCACCUUACAUCUACUCCUUCCAUCUAUUAUACCGCCUACAGUUGAUGAUUUCGAUCCCUGGACGUUGAGCGUGCAUAUCCUUCUCACUUCUCACUUCUCGUUAUUCCUAUGAAUGUGUUCUCUUACUUACGCGUUUGAACAUUCAGUCAAAGUGUGUUUCAGUCGUGUAUUUAUUUAACAUUACCUUCCUCCCUCCCUCCCCCCCUACCUUCAUCCCUCCUACCUCUCUACCUCCCGUCCCUCUCUAC